GAGCUGUCCAAAGUGAACUAACCGGGUGAGUUUGGCGGGCGCUGAGUUGCUCAUCACUAUCGUACACUUGAAUCAGACAUCAUCAGACAGCAAUAGCAAGCAAUAGUAAACAAGGUGAUUUUGAUUGACAGAUCGACACGUGCUCAUAACAUUUGUGAAUACAUUUUUAUUUAACAUGACGUCUAAUGAAAUGGAAGUAGAUGAAGAAAAUGAAACGAAGCCAAAGCAAUUUCAUGAGUUCGAAUUAGAUGACAGAAUACUUAAGGCUAUUGCAAAAUUAGGUUGGUUAGAACCAACAUUAAUACAAGAAAAUGCAAUACCAUUAAUGUUAGAGGGAAAGGAUAUUUUAAUUCGAGCCCGUACAGGAUCUGGAAAAACAGCUGCUUUUGCUAUACCACUCAUUCAAAAAAUUUUAUUGAACAAACGAUCCCAAAAAAAACAAGAGAUUAAAAGUCUUAUUAUAGCUCCUAGUAAAGAGCUAUGUAAACAAAUACAUGAUGUAAUGAUCAGUUUAACUAUAAAGUGUAGUAGGGAAGUGAGAACAAUUGAUGUUAGUCCACAAAUAGAUCUAAGUGCACAGAAGGCACUGUUAGCAGAGAAACCUGAUAUUGUUGUUGGUACUCCUGGCAGAGUAUUACAACAUUUGAAAGCAGACAAUAUGAAAUUGAAACGUUCCCUGGAAACAUUAGUAAUUGAUGAAGCUGACUUGAUAUUUUCAUUUGGAUAUGAAGAUGAAAUAAAAAGUUUGAUGAAUUAUUUGCCUACUGUAUAUCAAGCAGCUUUAGCUUCUGCAACAUUGUCUGAAGAUGUUGUAACUCUCAAAAAAUUAGUCCUACAUAAUCCAGCAACUCUGAAACUAGAGGAACCUCCAUUAGCACCAUUAUCUCAGCUGUCACAUUACAGUCUUGCUGCAGAAGAAAAUGAUAAGGCUGCUAUUUUAUAUGCUUUAUUAAAGCUGCAUUUAAUUAGAGGAAAGACCAUUAUUUUUGUAAAUAUAGUAGAUCGUUGUUACAAGUUAAAGUUAUUCCUUGAACAAUUUGGUAUACCUACCUGUGUUUUAAAUUCAGAAUUACCAGCUGUUUCAAGAUGUAGAGCAGUUACUCAAUUCAAUUCUGGAACAUAUGAUAUUAUAAUAGCAUCAGAUGAAAAAUCAUUGGAAGAACCACACUUAGUGAAAGUUAAAAAAGGCAAAAGGAAAAAGGACAAGGAAUCCGGUGUAGCACGUGGCAUAGAUUUUCAAUUUGUGUCUAAUAUAAUAAACUUUGAUUUUCCUUUGGAUGUUAACUCUUACAUUCAUAGAGCUGGGCGUACCGCACGAGGAAAGAACCAAGGAACUGCGUUGAGUUUUAUAUCAGUCAGAGAGAGACCUCUCCUUGAACAAGUUGAAGAAGAAUUAAAACAUUGUUACAAUCGCGAUACAUUAUUUAAAACGUACCAGUUUAAAUUAGAGGAGGUUGAAGGUUUUCGAUACCGAGCAAAGGAUGCAUGGCAAGCAGUAACAAGAAUAGCUGUUCGCGAGGCUCGCUUAAAAGAAAUAAAACAGGAAGUAUUGAAUUGUCAGAAAUUGAAAAGCUAUUUUGAAGAUAACCCAAGGGAUUUGCAAUCCUUAAGACAAGAUAAAGCACUGCAUACUGUGAAAUUACAACCACACUUAAAAGAUGUACCUGACUAUAUAGUUCCGCCCUCUUUGAAAAGACUAGUAGGAAUUGGUAAAAGGAAAAGGUUUAAUAGAGAAGCUGCAGCAUCCAGACCUACUGCCACACAAUCGAAAUACAAAGCACGGGCAUCGAAUCCGCUAGUUAGUUUACAAAUACAAAAAUAA